CAAAACAUUUGCCAAAAGUGCUAAAGCACCUUUUUUCGCAACGCGUUAAAUUUGCCGACAAGUCUGAACACCCGCCAUAUGGACAAGCGAUUUUAACGGAGCCAACAAAAAACAAGCAAGCAAAUUAAUAAAUAUCGAGAAAACAUUUGCAAUUUGCCGAGAAGAGUAGUGUGACAGUUGGAUGCACAAAGAAUUGAAUUCACUGAGUAAUAAAUAUUUUAAUAAAAACCAUUGCGACGAGCAGCACGACUUACGCGCACGUGCUGCACCCAUACACAUCCGCAUACACCUACAGCAAACCGAGCCCACAUAUGCAUGAAAGUUUUAACCCACCAAAAGAGAAAAUAAGAGCAAAAAAGCAUACACCAGAGCCAAAAACACCAGCAAUCCAGAGCGAGAAAGUGCGUGGAGGCAGUCGAAAAUGACUGGCUGCGAAUAAAUGCUGACAAUGACAAUAUCCGAAACAGCGGAAACGGAUGUCAGUGCGCAAACAAAUGCAAACACAGUAGAAGUGGCUACGGCAACAACAAUAACAUAGAGGUCACUGCAGCUGUGAUUCCCUUCCACCACCGACCAUCGACCCUCGCUCCUUGCAACGCAACGCGAAUCUGAAGCCGCCGGCCAUGCCGCUUACACUGGAUGCGCGCACGAGCGCGACAACUUUCGCCAGCGCCGGCGCAAGCCAUCAAUUAUUGGGCAAUGCCAUCGGCGACCACAACAACAUCGCCGACAACAAUGCGGAUGCGGCCUUUUCCAACAAUUUGACCGCCACCAUCACAUCAAUACGCUCGAAUGUGACGCGCGUGCUGUACAUGUACUUCCAGAAUGUCACAGACGAGCAUGGCUAUGGGGCGGCUACAACGCCUACCACCACUACAACAACUAGCAACAGCAGCAGCAUCAACAUCGCGACAACCACAGAAAGGCUUUCGAACCUCGACGCUAGUGCAACAGAUGCGUUGAUUGGCGCGGCUGUAGAUGCGACGGACCAACGCGCCGGUUCUACGCUGCUUGGCACCGCCAAAACAUUGCUGCAAGCGCCGCUUAACGCAUCCAGCACUACGACCGGCUUCCUAACGUCAGCGUCCGCUAAUGUUACGCGUGCGGCGUCAACGCUAGUCAAUGCCACUGCUUAUAUUUCGUCCUCUGCUGCCGCCUAUGCCACCGAACUGCUCAAUGCGACGUCGACAACAACAACGACAACGACAUCGGCGGCAAGUGGCAUAGCUAGCGCGAGUACGAGCGCAGUGAACGGCAGCAGUGUUUUAACCACCGCGCCCAGCAUCAUUUACCCGCCCUAUCAGGUCGCCAUACGCAGCUUUGAGAAUUGCUCGGCGCUCUUUGCCAAUUAUACGCGACCGCAAAAUGGUAAGUAGCCACAGUUGUCA